CACAGACACAGACAGACACAACACGUGUGAGUGAGUGAGUGGGAGAGAGAGAGAGAGAGAGAGAGAGAGAGAGAGAGAGAGAGAGAGAGGCGCAUUGCUAAACGGGCCACAGAUGACCACUGAUGAAACGCUGUAAAAGCUUUUGACCGAGAACAUUUUCAGUAUGGUGUGUAUAAGAGCAUCGGCGAGGAUCGCCAGAGGUCUGCGCAGACACAUCGGCGUACCGUGCUUUCCACACACCUGCGUAUCCCUGCGGCAAAGCCUCGUCUCCCGUUCCGGCUACUGCAGUACCGCGGCGUCCCACAGCUAUGUGAUCGUCGGGGCCGGUUCUGCAGGCUGCGUGCUGGCCAACCGUCUGUCAGAAAAUGCGUCUGAUUCGGUGCUGCUCCUGGAGGCGGGACCCAAAGACAUGCAGCUGGGCAGCACCCGGCUGUCGUGGAAGAUUCACAUGCCCGCCGCACUGACCUAUAAUCUCUGCGAUGACAAAUACAACUGGUUUUACCACACACUACCUCAGGCGCACAUGGACGACAGGGUUAUGUAUUGGCCCCGCGGGCGCAUUUGGGGCGGGUCAUCCUCGCUCAAUGCCAUGGUGUACAUACGCGGACAUGCGGAGGACUAUAACCGCUGGCAGAGGGAGGGCGCAGAGGGUUGGGACUACGAACACUGUCUUCCCUACUUCCGCAAGGCCCAAACCCACGAGCUUGGAGGGGACCGUUACCGAGGGGGUGAUGGCCCGCUGUGCGUCACACGUGGAAAGACGGAUCACCCGCUGCACCACGCAUUCAUUGCAGCAGGCCAGCAGGCGGGAUACCCCUUCACCAAAGACAUGAAUGGAUACCAGCAGGAAGGAGUCGGCUGGAUGGAUAUGACCAUUUACAAAGGUAAGAGAUGGAGUACAGCCAGUGCUUACCUUCGCCCUGCGCUGUCCAGACCCAACCUGAGCGCAGAGGUCGGCUGUAUGGUGACCCGAAUCCUGUUUGAUGGGACCCGGGCGCGAGGGGUGGAAUUCGUGCAGAACGGUCAAAUAAAAAGGAUUUAUGCCGAUAAAGAAGUCAUUCUCUGUGGUGGAGCGAUAAACUCUCCACAGCUCCUCCUGCUGUCUGGUGUGGGAAACGCAGACGAGCUGCGCAGAUUGGAUAUUCCUGUUACUCAACACCUCCCAGGUGUGGGCUGUAAUCUUCAAGAUCAUCUGGAGUUAUAUGUACAGCAUCAAUGUACUCAACCCAUAACCCUUUAUACAGUCCAGAAACCCUUUAACAUGCUGAAGACUGGACUGGAAUGGCUUCUCACAUUCACAGGUUACGGUGCUACAGCUCAUCUGGAGAGCGGUGGUUUCAUUCGUAGUCGUCCUGGCGUUCCUCAUCCCGAUAUUCAGUUUCAUUUCCUGCCUUCUCAGGUCAUCGAUCACGGCCGCGUCAAAUCCAAGAUCGAGGCCUUCCAGGUUCAUGUUGGGGCUAUGAGGAGCACAAGUGUUGGGUGGAUCAAACUGAAGAGUAAAGAUCCAAAUGACCAUCCAGUCAUCCAACCAAACUACCUUUCUACUGACACAGAUGUGAAAGAGUUCAGAGAUUGCGUUAAGCUCACGCGGGAGAUAUUCGCUCAGAAAGCGUUCGACCCGUUCCGUGGUCCUGAGGUUUUGCCCGGCGCUACCGUCCAGUCUGAUGCUGAGAUCGACGCUUUUGUUCGACAGAAGGCGGACAGCGCCUACCACCCGUCCUGCACAUGUAAGAUGGGCAGCGCCUCGGACCGCAUGGCAGUGGUGGAUCCGGAGCUGCGCGUGUACGGUGUUGAGGGUCUGAGGGUGGUGGACGCCUCCGUCAUGCCCAGUAUGGUGAGCGGCAACUUAAACGCCCCCACUAUAAUGGUGGCGGAGAAAGCGGCAGAUGCCAUUAAAGGACUCCCGUCACUUCAUGAUCCAGGAGUUCCUGUUUACCAUCCUGCCAGUCUGGAAACACAGAGAUAAGAGAUCUGCAACCCUGAAUGGACUGGACCAUUUUUAAUACUAAAAAUUAUGUGCGAGGUCAAAAAGCUGUCACGUGAUCCGAAAGGUCACUAAAUGAUUUUAAUGCAUUCACUUCUCAUGGACACUGUGUAGUUACUGCUUACAUUAAGAAAUAUAAGAAUGAAAGAUUUGCCUUUUAUGAUGAAAGCAGUUUGUGACAGCAUUGUUUUAUAACAGCAUGUUGAAAAGUUACUAAUAAAUGAGCACAGUAGCGUUUUAAAAACUACAUAGAGAUGAAUUUGUAGCAAAUAGUUUCUCCACUGUGCUUCAUUAAUCAUGUCGACAUGUUUACAAUAAUGUAGAUUUACUGUAUACCACAGAGCUGCUGAAUGCUUUAUUCUGAUUGGUUGAGAAAUGUUCAAUGGGUGUUGAUUAUUUUUCUUUAAAACGCACACUUAGGCUGUCAAAUGUCUUAAAAUAACCACCAGAGCAAUGUCUGUGUUAACCGUGGUAUAAUUGACUCUGAUCCUUUGAAUUAUUUGAGAAUAACGCACCCGCGGUGUAACUCCACUUCAGGUCGUGCUGCAUUACCACCUUGGGUGUGCAUUAUUUUUUUAUAAUUCCAAUUAUUUCUUAUGUAAUUGAUGUUAUUUAUAAUAAUUAUUAAUCAUGACUGUUUACAGAGAGAGUAAUGUUAGAUAAUUUCAUGCUUGUGCAAUUUAAAUAGUUUAUUACAUUGAUUCAAUUUGAUAACAUAAAUGUUAGAAGUGCUUUUUAUUUCAAAUACACUACUUGUUUAUUAACAGAAUGCACAUAAAACCAAACAGUUGUAGUUAAUAAAGAAUAAUAAUAAAAUGAGACGAAUUUAACAUUGUCUUUAGAUUUAUUUAGCUAUACGUUUUUGUUUGACAUGUACUGUAGUAGGCAUGGUGUUUGUGAAGCUUGUCUGUGUCCAGAAGAGUUGCAAUAAACAAUACCAUUUUUUA